CGAUAAAAUGUUCAUUAUUUAUCGCUAAAAGUGAUUGAAUAAAUAAUUUGAAAGUGAAGAUAAUAAAAAUAAAAACAUUGGAAACAUUUGAUGUGCACACACAAUUCAAAAUCAUUCCUUAGACGUAACAACUAAUGCAUUAAAAUAGGCUAAGCUUAUCAGAAAAAUGGGUGGUCUAUUCAGUUACUUCAGAGGGUUGUUAGGGGCGCGGGAAAUGAGGAUUUUGAUCCUCGGCUUGGACGGUGCCGGGAAGACGACGAUAUUGUACAAACUGCAAGUUGGGGAGGUGGUGACAACCAUACCUACCAUCGGUUUUAAUGUAGAACAAGUCACAUAUAAAAACUUAAAGUUUCAAGUGUGGGAUCUUGGUGGACAGACCAGUAUCAGGCCCUACUGGCGAUGUUAUUAUGGAAACACGGAUGCAAUAAUAUAUGUAGUAGACUCAGCAGAUAGAGAUCGAAUAGGAAUAUCUAAAGAUGAAUUGGUACACAUGUUGAGGGAGGAGGAACUAGCCAAUGCAAUACUUGUGGUCCUAGCGAACAAACAGGACAUGGCAGGCUGCUUGACGGUAGCUGAGGUGCACCAGGCACUAGGCCUGGACGCGUUACGUGACCGCACUUUCCAGAUCUUUAAGACGUCUGCCGUGCGCGGGGAGGGACUCGACCAGGCGAUGGAUUGGCUCUCCAAUGCACUGCAGGCUCGGAAAUAACACCUAAAGGAGGCGUUUUAACUGAAGAGGCCACGUGAUACAAGAAGGCUUGAUGUGUGCGUGCGCGAUGGACAGACAGCAUAGUCACUUGUAACGCCAUUAGUUUUAGCAUUGUACGUCGUCGCCGAUACACAUUCACACAUUGGCUAGUCGGACGGGACAAUACCAAGCUUUCUUGCAAACACCAACGUUAUUGGUGAUGUACCCUAUUACUUUAGUGUUAUCUUAAGUUGGUCAAAUAGAGUUUAAUUUUUAACACCAUUGUACUUCAAUUCAUUGUCUGUUAGUACAAGAAACAAUGCACGAUUGUAAUAUGAUUUUUGUAUAAGAAUGUAACAUCUUAAUCAUAAAUAUUGGUCCAAAAGGUAUUGACACAGUCUGUAGCAUCAUAGAGGUGGUUGCCCAC